AUGAUCUUUAUUGUCUUCCGGUACUCUUUUACGGGGUCUUUCGUUGUCUUCAUCAUUUUAGGGGUCAGUCUAGAACGUAGUGAUCGGGCCAUUUUGAAUUCAGUCCAGGAAGACUCUCCGUCUAUUACAGUGCGGGAAGCAGCUAUAACAGGGUUAGAAAGUGAACACAAGAGCAAACUCAAGCAAGCGGAAGAGGUGAACGACCUCAUGUUAUUAGAACGUCGACCCCGGCCGAGGAUGUGCCGACAAGAAUAUAAAGAGCCACAGGAGGAAUUUAGAGAAGUUUGGGAGACAGGAGGUGGAAAAGCAGCACAAGCGAAGAGUUUGCCGGCACAACCAAAGCAGCAGCGCAAGCGAAGAGCUAGAGCUGCCAGUGCAAAGGAGCCCAAGGAGAAGAAGCCGAAGGAGGAGGACCACGAGAAGCUCGAGCGGCAAAAAGAAUACCAACAGCGAACAAGGCAGAUCCAAGAACUCCAACAACAACUCCAACAAACAAAUCAAGCAGCGAACAGUUUCAACAAACAAUCGUUCGAGGAAGGCGCUAGGCAAGCUAAAGAAUCACUCGAAUGGGGGAUAUCGCAAGCAACAGCAAUGAACAAAGAAGCGGCCGCUCUAAACGCAGAAAGAGCGAAAUUACAGCACCAGCAUUACUUGGAUACUACUCGCGGACCUCCUCCAGCUCAAUCGCAAGGCCAGAGACAUGAUAUAAGAUUGCACCCCAAGCUAACAAUUCUACCACACGAGACAGGCGCGACCACACGAGAGGACGGGGAAGAGUUGUCAGAGCCAUGGUGUUUGAGGACGUCUGUGUUUACAGGACCAUCGCCACAGAGAUUGUACUCCUGCGGAUUCAAAAAUGAAGUGGAAUUGAUGGGUAGUCUGAAUGCAAUCGAUUUGAACCUUCCAUUCCCAUUACAUCCAAGUAUCUAUGGAACAAUGUGGAAGAGGCGUACUCCUUUUUUUGGUCCCAUUAUUACUGCAGCAGAUGGAGGCUUCUCGCACGCGCAGCUGCUUCAUUAUACGCACAAGACGUUCCGUAGCUUCGGCCAUGUCUCGAUGGUAGCUUUCUCCGAUCCAAACGACCUUCGACUUCUUUGCGGGCGAAGACAUGACGCACGAAAAAAAAAAACGGCAACCCGCGCCCCAACCCUACCUCCACACUCUCGGAAAACACAAACGAGCACGCCAGAGGCAGCGAAAUCGCACGUUUGCAGCGACACGAAGACGCCGCGCGCGGGGCGCUGCGAGCAGCGCUGA